ACCAAACCCUCCCAACCAGUCUCACGGGCCGUGGUUUGUGCGGCACAAGAUUCACGCCGAUAACCCAAACCCCAUUUCUAUAAACUGCAAUAAAGUUACUAUUUUAGCAUCUACCGAUCUCAUUCAACGAUUUUCUUGUUCAUUUACGCAUCUAUCUUCUUCAUCGCUUCAACUUUCCGACCUGUAUUUCCAAUUAUAUUGUGAAAUUUUUGCAAGUUCAUACAAUAAAGCUCCUGUCGCCUGAGAUUUUGAAAUUCUGAGACCAGAGAUGGCAGGAGGGAACACUUCAAAGCCUCCAUCUUCCAACUCAGCCAAUCCGAAGCCACAGACGCAGCCACAGCCACAGCCACAGACACCGCAGGCUGGUAAUGCUUCCAACCGGACGCCCCGCUGGGAAUCUCCGGGAAAACACCGCCCUCCCAAGGAAUCCAAAUCCUCCGGUUCUGGUUUAGCCGAUAAUAAACCCAAGCCCUCUCCUAAAACCGGCAAAGAAACUGCGUCGUUGGCGGCGAACGCAAAUAAAUCGCUGCAGCCUAUGUCAAGAUCCAAUUAUCGUUCACCUAAACCUGACCUAGAUGCAACCUUAUCUGCGUUGCCUCCGUUUCCUUUCCAAGAUCCUCCGCCGCCUCCUACCUAUGGGUUUCAUAUGCUCGAACGAAGGACCAUCGCGCUUGCAGAUGGUUCUGUUAGGCCUUACUACGCUUUGCCCUCGAAUUAUCCGGAUUUCCCCUCUUUCCCAUCUAGGGAUUUCCGCGGCCCGGGAUUAGGCUUAGAUAGACAGUUUCCUAUGAGUCCGGAUUUCCGACCCGAGUUCAGGAACCGUGAUAAUCCGCUAAUGUGGAACCGGAAUCCGGAUCAUUGGAAUUCUGUAGGGUUAGAUGGGCCGGGUAGUGGUCCAGGGAUGGGUCUGAGUGGGUUUGACAAUAAUCCAAUGAAGAGGAAGUUCGGGGAUGAAGCACUAGAAGUCCAUGGUGGGCUUGAGAGGCAAAGGCAGCAGCUUUUGCAGCAAGGGAAUGCUAGCAACUCCCCUGGGACUAGUGGGUUGUACAGGAGAGAUGUAGGAGAUUCUAGGCCUGCCAAAUUUAUGAGGUCUAUUGAGGCUAAUGUAGGUCAGCUUAAGCAUCAUAGUGUUGAUCAAAAUGCCUUAAAGAAGGCUUUUUUGCACCACAUUAAGGUUAUUUAUGAAAACACAAACCAGAAGAAUCGAUAUAUGGCAGAUGGAAAGCAGGGCCGCCUUCACUGUGCUGUCUGUGGCAGUGCUUCACAAGAUUUCCCUGACAUGCAUAGCCUGAUUAUGCACUCAUACAAUUCAAACAACGCCGACUCAACCAUAGAACAUUUAGGGUUUCAUAAAGCCUUGUGCUUUCUAAUGGGAUGGAACUAUUCGGUACCUCCUAACCAUUCAAAGGCGUACCAGAUGUUAUCUGCCGAUGAAGCAUCUGCUAAUCAGAAUGACUUGAUCAUGUGGCCUCCUUUGGUGAUCAUCCACAACACUAUGACAGGAAAGCGUCCAGACGGCCGUAUGGAGGGUUUGGGUAAUAAAGUGAUGGACAAUUACCUUAGAGAUCUAGGGUUUCACGGGGGAAAGUCAAAAGCAGUAUAUGGCAGAGAAGGUCAUUUAGGAAUUUCCCUUGUGAAGUUUUCCGGUGAUCAAGCCGGUUUGAAAGAGGCUGUGAGGAUGGCUGAAUACUUCCUCAAAGACAACCGUGGGCGCAACGGUUGGGCCCGCGUGCAGCCCUUUACUACUUCAGGAGGGACGGAUGAAGAGAACAAUCCGGACCUAGUAAAGGUUGACCAGAGGACGGGGGAGAAGAAGAGAGUGUUCUAUGGUUACCUGGCAACGGUAUCUGAUAUGGAAAAGGUUGAUUUUGAAACAAGGAAGAAGGUUUCUAUUGAGAGCAGAAGAGAAUUGCAGUCUUCUUCCUAAUAAAACAAACCCCACAUAUGGAGUUGUAGCCCAGGAGCUAGAAUAAAGCCUCUCUAGUAGCACUAUGCAGAACGCUCAUCAAGACACUUUCAAUGCUUUGUUCUCUUCAUUUAAUAAUGCAUCCCUGGGGAGUUAGUCCCAACUCCUAAGUCUCAUACUAUACUCAUAAUCCUUCAUCUUUCGUGUUGGGUUCAAAAAUGAAAGGGCAGGUUAGUCAUUAGUGUAGUACUGUAGUAUUUUGAAGGUUGCUUUGAUUUAGUAAUGCUUAUUCAUUACUCCCAACUCCUAAGUCUCAUACUAUACUCAUAAUCCUUCACCUUUCAUGUUGGGUUCAACAAUGAAAGGGCAGGUUGGUCAUUAGUGUAGUGCUGUUGUAUUUUGAAGGUUGUUUUGAUUUAGUAAUGCUUAUUCAUUACUACAUACUAUAUUUUGUUAUACCGGUCUGGGCCGGUAAUGUGCAUUCAUUUGGUUAUAGCCAAUUCAGGUCUCUUGGUUUUGGCUGAUUGUUUUCAAAUUGAAUCCCUUUGUUUGUUGUGCCUUGCUUUAUUACUUUAUCUUUUGUCUCUGUUGUGGUGUGAAAAUCGGCACAGACAGAUAUAUAAUGUCAUUCCAGCUUCUCACUUAAAAGAAAUGAAUGAAUGAACAUCUACAUAGAAUGGCAGAAACAAAGUGUUUGCAUUAGGUUAAAAAUAAAAUAAAAAUUAAUUUUAGAUCUCUUGUUCAACGAUUCUGUCUUUGUCCGUUUGAACUUUGAACAUCAAUAAUAAUAAUAAUAGUGGAAAUGUGUCAGGUUCACAUGCGCUGUGGAAUUGGUGCGUAUAUCUUUGUCUGCCAGACGCUUUUAGACCACACUAGUUGCAACUUUAUCCACAACGAUAAUAUAAUAAUAAUAAUAGAAUAUAUUCAUUCAUAUGGAAUUUGGAUGCUAACACCUAUUAAGAGUUAAGACUGCAAUUUAUAUCAUUAUAUCAGAAGGAUCAGGGCGUAGGGGUUAGAUUGUCUUAUUUUACCUUUUCGGUUUGUUUCAGUAAGAUUGUCUUAUAUCAAAUUCAGUAAAUUUUUGUAGUUCUAGUUCUGAAUCAUUCUUAUUUUAUUCUUGUUUUAUUAAUUCAAUAUUAAUCACAUAAAUCCAUAUUCCUUAAUAAUUGUAUCAAAUUCUUAUUACCAAUUAAAAACAAGAACUAAUUAGUUGGAUUGUCGUAACAAAAUGUCAUGUACCUGGUGUACAGUUUUAAUAGCAAAUUGUAGAAUAUUAACCAUGUACUCGAAAGAUAGCACCAAAUUGAUGUAAAGUAAUUUCUCUUAGAGAAAAGUACGGAAAAGAUACUUGUGGUUGGAUUUGUUAUCAGAUGGGGUCAUGUGUUUCGUUUUUUAUCAAAGUGGUUUAUGUGUUUGAAUUUCGUUAUAAAAAACGUCUGAGAAAGACGGUUAAUUGUAACUCUGAUUUUCAAGUGUCCGAAAAAGAAUCGGAAGGUGCGUCUCGUCGAGAAGACCUCCAAAUAACCUUUGCUUUUUGAUUUUUUGGAUCUUUUUGGAUUAUUUUGUAAAAAAGAUUUCGCUAAAAUCACUUUUUUUGGUGGACUUUCCGUUGACAAGGGUGUCUGGAAACAAAAAGGAAAGAUGGUCUAACGUUUUUUUUAUGAUGCGCACUUUCCGGUAUCUUUCUUUUAAUUUUUCAGACACUUUUGAAAAUCAGAGUGACUAUUAACUGUUUUUCUUAGGCUGGGGAUGGACCAGGACUGAUCAGAUCGGCACAGUACUGGAACCGGACCGCCAGUGUGUGGUACUAGUCCGGCCCGAAUGAUCGGGACCGGAAUCGAGCCUUUGGCCUGACUCGGGGGGUUUUUG